AUGAUGACCCCACGCCGAGGGAUUCCUCAAGUUGAUUCGCUUGCAGCAAUCAUAGAAGAUGGCGCCACUCCCCGCUCCCGUUCCAGGGGCCCCAUGACUCCUCGCCACGACAAGCCCCAGGUCAAUUUACAUACAGCUCCACCAAGGCAUCCACCACCCAGGUCGUCUUCCAAAAAGAAACAUCGCAAGCAACAUAUUCCCUAUGACGAAAUGGACGAAGCUUCUAAAGAAGCGCAUAUCGUCCAAAAGAUUGAACUGGCAAUCAAGAAAUCAAAGUCGGAGCGAAAAGCAUCCACCAGGUCUCAAGCUUCUGGGCCCAAGCGACGGGACCAUGAACCCAAUACACCGGCUCAGCAUCACCGUCAGUGGCCCGAAGAUCAGGACGAGAAUUAUCAGAUGAACAAGUCUGGUGGAGGAGGCAAUCAAAGAGGCAGACCCAGGCGGUCCGGCUCCAACAAAUAUAAAGUCAGUCGGCACAGACCCAAACCCGCCCUAGAAGCUCCUAGAAUGGACCCUGAACGGCUAAAGUCUAGUUUGAUGGAUCUAGAUGAGCAAAUGGAACACUUCUCUGAAAUAGAUGGGGUUGUAGACGACAAAAGGGGAUUCCAGAUUGAUGUGGACGAGCAGUGGCUCUCCAAUACCUUUUCGGAUCCGACAUUGGAUACCUACGAACACAAUCAUUUCUUUGGCCAAGACAAGCGUCUGGGCAUGCUGGAUCCCCAGCGCAUUCAGUGUGGCCCAGGAGGGGCGUCAACCGCAGAUUCGUCCAGGAGUGCCAAGGAACCGGAUGCGGUGUCCAGUAUCAUUGACCGCAUCUACGAGAAGAAGGAGCAGACGGGCAAGACUUACACGCGCAAAUCAAACCACCAGGCCAAAGAGAAAAAAGACCAAAGGAAAGGGAAUACGAACCAUGGGAAUGCGAAAGAAGAGCCUCCGAAAGAGCUCAUCAGUUUUGAUCACUAUGAAGAUGAUGACGGGUACUACUACGAAGAUGAAGAGGAUGAAUACCCGAUUUAUCCGGGCUCGAGGCCACCGCCUCCUAGACCCGCCAUGCCAGAUGUUCCAAUCAGUAUGAGCAUGAAUAUGCCAUCUCUUAUUGGAGCUGGCAAUCACAACAAUAACAACAAAGAAUCUUCCGGGGCGCAGCAUUCACUCAGUUCCUUGCAGGCACAACUGGAUGAAAUCAACCAGUUGCAUCGGGAUAUUCAGCGCCAGCAAGACCUCAUUAAGCAAGUGACUCAACUCUCUUCCCGUGAAGCUAACCAUCAGCACAUUCGGCCGAAUCCUCAUGAAACGAGUGCCAACGUGUAUCAGAGGGAGUUGGCCCGUCAAGCCCAGGCAGAAUUGUGCCGCAUGGAGCUGGUCCAGAAGUCCAUGAUGUUGGAAAAGCAAAUGGACAUCUACCGACGUAAUCAAGAGGAAUGGAAUAAGGUCAGAGACUUGGCGAUCAAGGAAGAAGAAAACAGAAGAAAGAUUGUUGAAAAGGCAAAGGAGGUCUGGCAAGCUGAAAUGAGGACGAAGCUUUCGUCAGAACACAACGACAAAUACGCCAACGAAAACUACGCCAGUGACAAGUUUGGAAACGGCGGCGGCGGUGGUGAUACCGGUAUCCUUCCUCGCAUCGUUGAGGGGAAUUCUAUCCUUGAGGGAACUUCUGGAUCUAAGGAGUCUGAAUCCAAAGCGCUUUCCAAGGCAUCUACCGAAUCAAGCAAAGAAUCAGCUCAACAACAACCCCUGAGCUCUGAAGAUACUGAUGACGCGCCAUCGCUCUAUGAGAAGGUUGCCCAGCUGAACAAGCGGGCCAUGAUCACAGAAGAAGACCAGAAGAUCAUCGAGGCGGAGAUUCUUAGAGAUUUGCACCGAGAGCUGUCCAAACAAGUUGCCGAGAAGAAACUGGUGCAAAAGCCACUAUUCUUCUCUGAAAGAAUGCGAGAAAGUUGGAGUGGCAAGCAAUAUUUCAACCCCAGUAAGCCCAUUGAUCAAGUCACGGCAGAGUUGACUCGUCAAAUUCAUGAACUGAAUCUCGAAAUGGCCCCUAGCAACCAGUCGUUGAGGCGCGGUAGGUCCCGCCGACGAAAGAAAGAAAGCUCGGACGGUGCAAAGCUCAAAGGUCUUUUCAAGUCCAGAACCAAGGAUGCCAAGUCCCCGGUCCGUUUUCCUCGCAGUCAUACAACAAAGCACGAUGCCGUCGAAGAAGAAGAUGCUGAUGAUGCCUAUGACAAUGAACAAGAGAAUGAAGCACCUGCCAUCCCAGCUGCUGGUCAAGCGGCAAAAGGAGAAGUGUUUGGUUGCUAUCCAAGUCUACACCAGGGAGCAAGACAAGACGUAAUGCGCAAGAAGAAGAAAGGCAUUCUAAAGUCACUACCAAGGCUUCGGAAGAAAAAGAACAAGGCAGAAAAGGAGCCCGAAAUCCAGCCCGAAAUGGCUGAAAUCCCUUCCAGUGAUAAAAAGUCGAAACUCAAACCAGCCGACGACAGCAAAGAAAUGCUGCAAAUGGAGCCAUCCGACGAUGUUGAUGUUGAACACGACGAAGACGAAGUGGAAAUGGAGAUGGAAGAGUAUCUGAUGAACCAGGAAUCCAAUCCGUCACUUGUCAGGAGACAGCCCUCUUCAACAGCUCGAUCUACGACCUCAGCAAGAGGGCGUAUCCCAAGUGCCACCUCUUCGCAAUCGACCCAAUGGACAUCCAACAAGGUUUACAUAGGCGUGGAAGGCGAUGCUAUUGAGGCCAUGUCGUGUUCGUCCAAGAAUAUGAAUGCUUCGCCUGGCAGUUCUAAGGGUCACGGUUCCCGCGAUUCCCAUGAUCGCUACAGAACAAGUCACGGAGAGGAGCUGGUUGUCUCCUCGGGAAGAUCGCACUCGAAGAAACGCACCACAACCAGCAGCAGAAGCAGCAAGGAAGCAGCCAUGAGAAGUAGCCACCAUGCGGAGGACGAACCUUCUAUUUUCGAGUUUCUCGAAGUCCAAUACUACCCCCACGAUGAAGUCGAGGCCCCGCUGGACGAGAUAGAAGCCGACGCCCACAGAGGCUACUAG